AUGAGUGUGUCUGUAGACAAAGCUUUAGAAAGGAUGCGUCCUUACCUGUGUGACAAAAUCAUAGCUGAGAGACACUUUGAUUACCUGCGUUCAAAGAAAAUACUCACUAGAGAGGACACAGAAGAAAUUUCUUCUAGAUCUUCCAGCAGGAAAAAAACUGGGAAGUUAUUGGACUACUUAGCAGAAAACCCAAAGGGACUGGAUGCUUUGAUUGAAUCUAUCAGACGAGAAAGAACACAAAACUUCCUGUUACAAAAGAUAACUGACGUAGUGUUGAAAGUCAAAAAUGAAAAACUUGAAGCUCUCAAAGGUCUAAGCUGCAGCACCUGUAUGACCUCACUGUAUGGAGGAACGAAUAAUCUUUCUAGAUCAUAUUCUGAUGAAUCUAAUUUUUUUGAUAAAACAAAAGACAAAGAAUCUGCCCAGAUACAUCAUCCAGAAGAAGAUUAUAGCACCGCUGCAUUUGUGUCUGCUGUCUCUCUUCAUUCAAUGAAUUUACCAAUUGCAGAGAUGGGAAAUGCUGCAGAGAGCGCUGUUUUCUCAGCCACCCUUCCAGGGCCCGGAGACCCCGGUGCACCCCCUCUCCCCCUAGAGCUCCAGUCAGAGCAGCAAGAACCGUGUACUAGUUCAAGUGACAAUUGCUUUUUGCCUUUAAGAUCACGUUCUCUUCAACCACAGUGAACGUAGUGACUUUUGUCUCUUCAUCCAAAUGGUACUGAAACUUUGUGUGAUGUCUUAUAAAGGUUAAAAAAAUGUUUUCAAACUGCUAACUAGUAAAAUCAGAGGAAACAAUCUGUGCUAUUUACUGUUUCUAAGGAGUAAUUUUUUUGUAACUGGGUGACUCUGGAGCUGCUUGAUUUUAUGUUCUUUAGGGAGCUUUUUUCCAAAAGAUCAUGGUAUUACAC